UUCUGCUGGAAAAUAUCAAGUCUAGUCUUAAGGAGCAAGCAGAAGAAUUGGGGCAAACAACUGAAGAUAAUGAAUCAAACAAGAGGUUCAUGAAGAAGAUCCCAAGCGGUGCACUGGGAGCUACCGUUCUUGUAGCAGGAGUAGAUUUCCUAGAGGAACCAAUAGCAGUCUUUAUAAGGUUUUCUGAGAGUAGAUAUGUCCCUGAAUUGACAGAGGUGGACGUACCACUGAAGUUUGCAUUUGUGCUUCUUGGUCCUGUUGACAGUCAGUCGGCGUAUAAGGAGGUUGGGAGAUCUAUGGGGACACUGUUUGCUUGUAAAAUUUUCCAACGCAGUAUUCUUAGUGCCAAGACGAAAUAUGAUAUUCUUCAAGGAAUCACCAGUUUUAUGGACGAUUCCACUGUUUUACCAGCAUUUGGAUGGGACCACACUAUCCGCAUAGAACCACCUGCUAAUAUAUCUGAAAAGACAUGGGCGUACUCGUUCCAUAACACACAUGAAGUCACUCACGCCGAACACGGAGACCCAACACUGAAAAGAACAGGAAGGAUAUUUGGAGGAUUAGUGAAUGAUAUCAAACGAAAGGCAGAGUAUUAUGUUAGUG